UGUUUGUCCCUGCCGAGCAAAGCCAGCAGUUCUCAGCCUCUGUAAUUAUUGCAAACACAACAGGUUUCUGUAGCUGCAGGCUGCUGCGUGUUGCAGGUAUUAGGUUGUCUUCACCUUGUCAAGACCACAACCUUUGAUCCGCUUUUGUCCGUGGAUCUUUAACUGAUCAUUCUGGCCUUGGCGAGCAGUUUCUAGUUGGAUUAUGCGAGUUUCUUCAGCUCUUAGAUGAGGCAGGAGUAUCUACCUUGAUCGCCUUGUUGAAGUUGCCCAAACUGUGCUUUCUUGCCCAGCGAGGAACAGUAGACUACCUGUGUAGGGCAAAGGUUGAUGUAGGUCAGUCCUACACUUGAGUGCCUCCAAGAGAUUGAUGCCACUCAGCUGUGAGAGCAUUGAAGCUACUAGAAGAGUGUCGAGGAGAGUCUUGCAGUAGCUGUCAUGCUAGAGGGAAAAACUGAUGUUCCACCUGCAGCAUUAAAGACGAGCACCGUUCCUCCUGCCAAACCUCCAAGAACCUUCGAUCAGGACGACAAUCCAAAAACGUCUCCUAAAGAGCGGAAAAAGUCGGUUACCUUGAUGUCAGCGGAAUUGGUGACCAUGUUGGCCCCCACUGAGAUGCUGUUUACCUCAGAGAGAAACCAGCCGGUCAGGCUGAGGAUGGAGGGCUCGGGUCCAGGCUCGGAGAUUCCCAUCACCAUUCACCAGUUGUUCCUGGAGGCGGUGGAGAGCUACGGGGAUCAUCCGGCUUUGGUUUUCAAGAAAGAUGGCCAGACGAUGACUCUGACCUGGAGGCAGUACUACGAACAAUGUCGUACAGCGGCCAAGAGCUUCCUCAAGCUCGGGUUGGAGCGUUUCCAUGGAGUCGGCAUUCUGGGAUUCAACUCUCCUGAGUGGUUCAUCUCGGACAUCGGCUGCAUCUUAGCAGGGGGUCUGGCUGCCGGUAUUUACACGACCAACUCUGCGGAAGCCUGUCACUACGUAGCCUCUAACUGCGAGGCAAACGUCCUGGUAGUGGAGAACCAGUACCAGCUCGAAAAGAUCCUGAAGGUCAAAAGUCAGUUACCUCAUCUGAAAGCUAUUGUCCAGUAUGAAGGUGAACUGGAGCAGAAAGCAGAGUUCCUCUACACAUGGGACCAGUUUAUGAAGCUUGGAGAGAACAUUCCCAACAAGAAGCUGAAUGCUGUGAUCGAGAGUCUGCGGCCCAAUGAGUGCUGCACCCUCAUCUACACCUCCGGCACCACCGGAAACCCCAAAGGCGUCAUGCUGAGCCACGACAAUAUCACGUGGACGGCCCGCACCGUGUCCAAGAUGAUAAACCCACACUGCUGCGAGGAAGUACUGGUCAGUUACCUGCCGCUCAGCCACAUCGCAGCGCAGAUGAUGGACAUUUGGUGCUCCAUGAGUCUCGUAGCCACCGCCCAUUUUGCAGAGCCGGACGCCCUGAAGGGAUCUUUGGUGAACACGCUGAAAGAGGCGCGUCCGACCGGCUUCCUGGGCGUUCCUCGGGUUUGGGAGAAGAUCCAGGAGAGCAUGAAAGCUGUUGGCGCCAAGGGCUCCGCGCUGAGGAAGAGGGUGGCGGACUGGGCCAAGGCCAUCGGCCUGCAGUACAGCUACAGCGCCAUGAACGGGGAGAACGCGGUGCCGUGGGGCUUCAUGCUGGCCAACAAUCUGGUGUUUAAGAAGGUUCGUAGCGAGCUGGGUUUGGACCGCUGCAAGCUGACCUGCACUGGAGCCGCUCCCAUCACCAAAGAUACUCUGGACUACUUCAUGAGCCUCAGCAUCCCGGUGAAGGAGCUGUACGGCAUGAGCGAGAGCUCCGGCCCGCACACCGUCUCCAUCCACGAGUAUCGCAUUGGAAGCGUUGGGAAGGUGAUGCCGGGCUGCAAAACGAAGCUGGAGAAGCCGGACGCGGACGGGAACGGAGAGGUCUGUUUCUGGGGCCGGCACGUCUUCAUGGGCUACCUGAACAUGCCCGAUAAAACGACCGAGGCGCUGGAUGAGCAAGGCUGGCUGCACUCUGGAGACGUGGGCAAACACGACGAGGACAACUUCCUCUACAUCACAGGCAGAAUAAAAGAGAUCAUCAUCACCGCCGGCGGCGAGAACAUCCCCCCCGUCCCCAUCGAGGACGCCGUGAAGCUCGAGCUUCCCAUCAUCAGCAACGCCAUGCUGAUCGGAGACAAGCAGAAGUUCCUCUCCAUGCUGCUCACGCUCAAAUGCGUAGUGGACGACCAGGGCAACCCCACAGACACCCUGAGCCCCGAGGUGCUGGACUUCUGUCAGAAGCUCAACGUCAGGACCACCAAGGUGUCAGAGGUCAUAGCCAAUAAGGAGCCGGCGCUCUACAAAGUCAUUCAGGAAGGCAUCAACCAAUUCAACAAAAGAUCCACGUCCAACGCUCAGAAGAUCCAGAAGUGGAUCCUACUGGAGAAAGAUUUCUCUGUCAACGGAGGAGAACUGGGACCCACCCUGAAACUGAGGCGGCCCAUUGUGGCGAAAAUGUACCAAGACAAAAUUAACAAAUUGUACUCGCGCUGAAGUGUCCAGCCGUGGUUCCUGGAGAAGUAAAAGACUCAGAGCAGACCUCUGUUGCCUACGCCUCUGUAAAUCUCUGUCUGUUGUAUCAUAUUUAUGCUGUUCGACGUUAGCUGCCUCAAAGCGGAGCCGGGCCUCGCCGCACCUUAAUACAUGCAACUGAGGCUGCCGUCACCUAGCUUCUAGGAAUGUAAGCUUUUUACAUUUUUAUUGUGUUUAAUGAAUGUUUUCUAAGCACUGAUCCACUUUGACUUUUAAAGGUUUUUAUUCUCGUCUUACAGCAGCUGUUUAAAAUCUGACCUCCUGUUUCAGCAUCGUGUAAAAUUCUCCAUGUGGGCAAACAGAAGGUCAACAUGUUUUAUAAUGUGAAUAUAUUGUUUAAAAAAUGAACUUAACGGUCUGUAUUCAUCCAAUCACCCCAUCUGCAAAUUGUAAAUCGAGCAUGAGUGUGUACAGUUUCACUCCUACUGAAAAUAUAUAUUUAUUCUGUGAUAUAUUUUCUGUAAAUUGUCAAUAAAAGAGAGUGAUUUGGAGCAAAUCAAACAGACCUAGCAACAACAAAAAUUUUUUGUUAUAUAUUUUGUUUCAGUCUGCAACUUGGUGCAAGAAUAUGAAGAGCCAAACAAAUCACAAUGUAAUAUUGCAUUUAAAUAGAUAAAUUGAAAUUAAUUAUUUAAAAUUGACAUUUAUUAAAACCAUGUAUAAUUUCA